AUGACAACUUCGUCAGGGGAACGGGUUCCCGAAGACGACAAAGAAGCGUACCAGACUCCGCACAAGACACGGGCUCCGCACGCUCUGGUGGCUGAUCACCUGCCCGGUGGUGCCGAUCAACCCUGCGACGCCACGGAUCUUAUGAGCACAGCUUCGUCGCCCAUAUUGACGCGGUUGCGGAGGAGGAGUGGUCCACAGAUCCUUCGAGACACGCAAGGAGGCGAAAACAGUCCCGGAAUGGCUUUCCCCGGAACAAAUCUUCCCCGGGAUCUCAUAUAUCCGUAUUCGCACGAUGGCAAGCCGGCUGUGAUUUCGCCGACCGACUACGGCUUGACCGUGAAGCUAACCAAGUCGCAGGAGCUCAAGAUAUCGUGUCAGAAAUCUUGGUUUAGAAUUCGCAAGUGGUGGCGGAAGAAGUCCGUGUGGGUGCACGAGAUAGCGAAAAUCUACCAGGACGGCUUCUUCAGGUCUACGAUUCCCUCAGCCGAUGUUCUGGCGAAUCCACGUCGGGAACCGGUCCGGAAACUUCUAUGGUGCGCAGUUCUCGCACCGCUGAUCUAUUUCACCGUCGCGGAUCUGGUCGACGUCAUCCAGAGCUACAUGCAGUAUCCGGUCAUUUACACGUACGAGUACAAGACCAAGGAUACGCUGCCUUUCCCCGACGUGACAAUCUGCAACGUGAAUCCUUUCGUCAGGAGCAAAGCGUGUGACAACACGUCAAUUUUAUUCACCGAAAAAAGCGUGAGGAAUGGAGAUGAAAUUGUGAAAAUAACGCCUUUCUGCAAUCAGGAACGCAGGAAGAAUAAUCCAGGUAUCUGCGAACGUCUUUGCGGACCUAAUGAGCGAGCCAAGCAACCAAAUCAGUUCGACACGGGAAUACGUGCCCAAUUGGCCGACUGGAUUAAAGAAACCAUCGCUCUCGGCCCCGAAGCCAGCCGAGAAGUCUCCAAUCUCGGCCACACCAUGAGGUCGUCAGUGGACAAAUGCAGCUACGCAUCGAAUACCGACUGCACCACGAAUAUGAAACGAUUCAAAGAAUCGAUGAGUCUGCUAUACGGAUCCUGUUUUUGCUUCCAUUGCCAGGAAAGACCCAAGGAGAACAUGACCGAUGCGGUGAGUGAGCCGCUCAGGGCCGCCAGUUUUCAGGAGAAACAAGAAUGGGAGGAAGAGAACAAAUACUACGAGUACGGAACUUUGUCUUCGCCCUUGAGCGGUCUGGUCAUACAAUUGAAGACCGAGGUCAAGGACUAUCUUCCGACGUCGAACGAGGUUGGUUUCGUCGCGAUGAUCCACGAACAUAAUAAAGGCUACUCUGUUUGCGCGGACGCAAUAUACGUCCUUCCCGGCUACACAACGUACAUUGGACUGAACAUGGCGACAACGAAGAACUUGCCCCCGCCCUAUGAGGACGGCUGUAGGGAAGACUGGCCUCAGGCUCUGGUACAAGGCACUCUUGAAGCUCACGUCCCCGUGAUGGAACCGACGACGAAUAGCUCGUCAUACGUUCGCGCGCAAUGUUUAGAGUACUGUGAAAUCGAGUACUUGAUCUUCAAAUGCAAAUGCAUCAAAGAGGAUCCCGCCGCCAAGUUACACCCGGAUUUGGUGGAGGAUUACAAGUAUUGCAAGACCCCGAGGAAAACGAAAUGCGUUGACGACGCAAUGAAGGAUCGGACGAACAUCUUCUUCCAAGAUCGCUGUGACUGCUGGCGAGAAUGCGAGACAAAAAAAUACGCCACUGACGUCAGCGUGGCCGGCUUCGUGUCCGACGACAACGUGACGAUAGGCAACCGAUCUCAAGAGGAACAACUCUAUGCGGAAUUGGGGUCCGCGAGACUGGUCGUGUAUUUCCACUCGUUCACAUUCGAGCAUGUUCGCGCUAUCGCGAAGUACGACGAGAUCAGAGUGCUGUCCAACAUCGGAGGUAUCAACGGGAUGUAUCUCGGCCUCUCGUUUUAUCUCCUCUUCCAGGCGCUGGAUAUCCUCGUUAUGGGAGCCAUCCAGUUUGUGAAGAAGGUUCGAGAAAGUCGCCUGUCCUUCGGUCAGGAUGGCAACGUGAUGAGUUCGACCGCGGUUCAGACAAGUGCUCGAGGAGAUCGGAAGCCGCGACGAUCUCAAGUUGUUCCUCAGCAGCCAACGGCACCGGAGCUGCCAGGAUACUUCCCGAACAAGAAAAACAUAUGGGAUGUUUUCGAAAAACCAUCUGGAGGAACUUUCACCACAACGGAGACAUACAAUACAACAUACGGUCCUUUCGCCAUACAAUACUACAAGAACAGCGCGCCUUAA